AUGGGGCUUCAUCAUUUGGCAGCAAGCAGUGCGGCCGUCUUGAUGGCGGGCGGCGUGGCAGCGUACAUGAAAGCAAAUUCCCUGCCUUCUCUCGUGGGCAGCGUCGGUUUGGCGAGCUCUUUUGUGGCGAGCACAUACCUCUUUACGCAAACCGACCAUAUUGGCGGAGCGUCGCUCAUUGCGACUCUCGGCGGGGCCGCCACCGCCGCCAUGGGAUACAAAAGGUACCUGGUGGCGGCAAAGCCGGCCGUGCCGGUCACCCUCAUGGUAGUCGGGGCGCUUAACACAGCGUACUACGGCUACCAGACGCUGCACUUCAAGGAGAACAUGUAA